AUGUCGUCCCUCGCGUCGCAUUUCGCACUGUCGGCCCAAUCGCUUCCCGCCAUUCCUUCCGACUGCUUCCGCCCGAGGCAAGGCUCGAGUAACGGCGCGCGCUGCCAAUCGUCCCAGCUCGCAGUCACCGCCGCCCAGACUCGCCCGCUCGCGCCGUCGCUCCCGCCGCAGUCAACCUCCCGUUACAGUCACUCCCGCCGCGCGGACAUCGCGGCUCCUCCGCGCGUCAUGGCGGCGUACGCGGAAAGUGCGGCGGACGGCACGCCACGAUUGCCGAAUUCGUUUCAUGAAAUCACGAGCGAGCAGGAGCUGGAUUGGGUCCUCAAGGACGCCGCGGAUUGCGGCGACCUCGUUCUUAUCGACUGGAUGGCGCAGUGGUGCCGCAAGUGCAUCUACUUAAAGCCCAAGAUCGAGAAGCUCGUACCCGAGUACCCCAAGGUGCGAUUUUUUGUGGUGGAUGUGAACAAGGUUCCCAUGAAGAUGGUGCAGAGGGGGGGAGUCACGAAAAUGCCAACGAUUCAGAUUUGGAAGGAGAACGAGAAGGUGGAGGAAACGGUGGGAGGGGAGGCAGCAUGGUUAGUGCUUGAUAACAUUCGCAAUGCCAUCAAGCGACAGUCAUAA